AUGUACAGGAGCCCCGAGUGGACCGACGGCGACGACGUCAUCUUGCUCCGGGAGGUGGCCAGGGACCGGCCCUUCCUUGCGCGCUAUGGCUUGGUCGCGGGCGCGUGGACGAGUCUCGCUGCCAAGGUCGUCGCCACCGAGGGCUUUACGCGCACCAACUUUUCCUCGACCAAGGCGCAGGUCCGCUUCACGACCCUCAUUAGCAACCAUCGGAGCGAGACCGAGACAUCGUUGCUCGACUCCAAGUGCUCGGAAGUCUGCUUUGAGAAGCGCUCGCUCCUUGAUACCCUCCUGCCUCUAUGGAGCAGCCGCAAAGCGAGAGCGGACAAGAAGACACCACGUACCACAGACGCCGACUCGCAGCGUCGAAAGGACACGAAAGGACCAACGCCAGCAUCCAACUGCGAUGUCGACCCACUGCGUCGCGACGAAGCGCAAGCGGACGGCCAGAAGCGCGGCGACGACAACAACGUGCAAGAACGCGACUUUGAGCUGCGUCAAGAAGAUCUGCGCCAAGAAGAUCUGCGCCAAGAAGAUCUGCGCCAAGAAGAGCUGCACCGAGAAGAGCUGCACCAUGAAAAGCGACGCCGAGAAGAGCUGCGCCAAGACGCGCUGCGCCGAGAAGAGCGGCGCCAAGAAGAGCAGCGACUUGGCAGCUGA